AUGGCGUCGUCGUCGUGUCCUGUGCAAGUGCCCUGUGAGUCCGGCAAAUCGGAUUCCGAUAAGAAACGGUACAGGAGUAGCGAAGAGAAUGAUGAUGAGAUUAUUGUUUCACUGGAGCAAGACGAAAAUCAAGAGAGACAGGUUAAAAAGAUGCCAAAUAGUGAAGAUGAUGAUGAUGAUGGGCAAGUGCAUAUCAUCAAGGAGAAGCUCCAAGAAGAGAGAAAAUCAUUACGUAUCUACGAGUGUCGUGAUUCAUUGUUGGAAUGUGUGGGUAGUAAUCAGGUUGCUAUUAUCGUUGGCGAAGCUGGGUGUGGAAAAACUACACAGAUACCUCAAUAUAUAUACGAGGCUGGAUAUGGUGAAAAAGGAAGGAUUGGAUGCACUCAACCAUAUGAAUUUGCUACCCGGAGUGCUGCUGCUAGAGUCUCUCAAGAAAUGGGUGUCAAGCUAGGGCAUCAUGUUGUGGGCUAUUCCAUACCUUUCGAAGAUUGCACAUCUGAAAACACUGUUUUGAGAUACAUGAGUGAUGAGACGUUGUUGCAUCAACUCUGUGGAGAACCAGAUUUGAUAAGCUAUGGUGUGUUGAUGGUGGACGAUGCCCAUGAGAGAACACUCUCAACUGAUAUACUGGUUGGAUUAUUGAAGGACAUUCUGCGGUUUAGAACCAACCUUAAACUGCUUAUCUCAACAGCAACUAUUGAUUGUGCCUUAAAGUUCAGUCAAUUUUUUGAUCUAGCUCCAAUUUUGGACAUUCGAAAAGUGAAACAUGCUCACAACACCGAACAUGUUUUCUGCUUGAAUGCAGCUAUGAUUCACACAAGUGGAGAUACAUUGGUGUUUCUGCCUGAUCGAGAAGAGAUAGAAGUAACAGUCGACGAAUUGCAGCAGCGAUUUCCUCAUCAGCUCUCUAUCCGCCCUUUUUAUGAAAACAUGUCUCCCGAGCUUGAAGCAUUGUUUUCUGCGCCCACACCUCAAGGGCUCAGGAAGGUUGUCCUUGCCACAAGCAUAGCUGAAACAUUUUGGCCGACUAAAGCUGGCGUCGAUUAUGUGAUCGACUCGGGGGAGUGCCUGAUUAAGAAGUAUGAUCCAAUCACUGACAUGGAGUCGUUAGAAGUAACUGGCAUCUCAAAAGCAUCAGCUAUGCUAAGGGCAAAUCCACUCUUUGGCAAGUGCAUCCGAAUGCCUCCUCGACAGGAUCAUCACAACAAUGAUCCUCACAACAUUCCAUUGCCAGUAAAACGUAGCAACCUCGCCAAUGUUGUUCUUACUCUUCGGCAUCUAGGGGUUAAUGACUUGACACAUUUUGAUUUUUUGGACCCUCCAGAGGCUGAAGCGCUAAGUAAAGCCUUGGAAGUAUUAUAUGCACUCGGUGCAUUAGAGAAUAAAGGCCAACUUACUGAGGUUGGAGAACUUACUGUGGUGGGAGAACUGAUGGCACAGUUCCCUCUGGAUGCAAUGCUGUCUAAGGCGAUAGUUGCUUCGUAUCAGUACAAGUGCUCAGCUGAGAUAAUUUCGAUUGUUGCCAUGCUUUCCGCCUGUGAUCACAGUUCAAUCUUUUAUCGUCCAGAUGAAAAUCAAGCCGAUGCCGACAAUGCACGAAUGCGUUUUCACUUUGGGAAUGUAGGAGAUCACAUUGCAUUACUCAAGGUUUAUAACGAAUGGAAAGACUCAAACUAUUCAUCCCAAUGGUGCGAUGAAAACUACAUACAAGCAAGGACCAUGAAAAGAGCAAGAGAUAUAAGGGACCAACUUGAGCGGCUCUUGAAGAAGCAGGUCAGGAUUGAGCUCUUCUCAAAUCCCCUUUGUAUAGAGUCUAUAAAGAAAGCAAUUACAUCUGGUUUCUUCCCUCACUGUGCAAAGCUGCAUCACGGAUCAUACAGAAGAGUCAAACAGUCGCCAAGUACUCUCCAUAUAAACCAAAGCUCAGGGAUGGCAGAAGUGUUUCCCAGAUGGGUUUUAUACCAUGAGUUGGAGAUGGACCUCGAAACUACUGAUCAAUACAUGAGACAUGUAACGGAGAUAAAUCCGGAGUGGUUGCUGGAAAUAGCUCCACAUUAUUACCAGUACCAGCUAGAAGAUAUCACAGAUUAG